AUCCUUCCUGGACCGGUUGGCAGAGCCCUCCUGAACAGCUGCGGUCAAGAGCUGACCCAACCGCCUCAGCCAUGGCCCAGGCAGGGGUGCUCCUAACCAAAGAGCCCGUCCCACAGACUGUCCCGGUCUCCGAGCUCCCCAUGAAGGUCUACGAGGUGGCCCUCAACACGGGCCCCGAUUCCUCCUGUGGCCUGGCCACGGCCGGCUUCCGCACGGCCAAAUACCUGCCCGAGGAGUGGCACCAGAACAACUACACCCGGUACCACGAGGCCUUUGCCGACCGCGACCACUCGGAGCGAUGCCGCCAGGAGUCCCAGAGCCUGGCGGCCUACACUGCCGCCUUGGCGCAGCGCACCCAGGAGGACUCGACCACCAAAGUGGGCGAGCGCCUGCAAGACAUUCACUUCUGGAAGUCGGAGCUGCAGAGGGAGAUCGAGGACCUGACAGCCGAGACGGACCUGAUGGCCGCUCAGAAGGCACGCCUGGAGCGGGCCCUCGACACCACGGAGAUCCCUUACUCAAUCGCCACCGACAACUUGCAGUGUCGCGAGCGCCGGCAGCCCCCGGAUCUGGUGCGGGACCAAGUGGAGGUGGAACUUCUGAAGGAAGCUGAGCUGAUUCGGAACAUCCAAGAACUCCUGAAGAGGACAAUAAAACAAACUGUGAACCAGAUGCAGUAAGAUCUGCGUCCCCUGUGGGCCGGUGGUCUGGGAAAGAAAUGGAAUUGGGCCACUGUGUGGAGGACAAGCAGACCCGGGGCAGAGAUUUCAAUGGCUGAGGGG